CAAAGUAAAGUUUACAUUUUUAGCUACAUACAAUACACAGAUUAUGCAGGAAGCUUCUUCUUCAAGCUUUGCGGGCCUCGGGCCCGAUAAUCAACAAAAGGCUUUGGUGGCCCGCGAACUGAAGCGUGGCAGGGUAACGGCCCACCGGCUGCGCCACAUUCUGGGUGAUGAUCAAAUAUUACCUGCUCAAGGUCUUGUCGAUGAAAUCUUGGACUCAUUUACUCGUUCGAUUUCAAUACUCUGUGAAUCCGAUGAGCUUUCUCAAGCCGAUAGUAAAAAGCCCCGGAAAGAAAAGAGAGGAUGCUAUAAGAGAAGGAAGAGUUCAGAGACGUGGAUAAAAGAGUCGGCUACUCUGUUUGACGACGGCCAUGCAUGGAGAAAAUACGGACAAAAGGUCAUCCUUAACGCGAAGCAUCCCAGAAACUACUUUAGGUGCACGCAUAAGUUCGAUCAAGGCUGCCGAGCAUCGAAACAAGUCCAAAAGAUCCAAGACGACCCGCCCCUUUACAGGACCACAUAUCAAGACCAACACACUUGUACACAUAUUAAUGCUGUAUUCAACCUUUCCCCUCAAAAAGAUUCUCCCAUUAUCUGGAACUUCGAACAGGAGUAUGGUGGAGAAGAAGAUAAAAGGGUUAAUAUAGAAUCGCCGGCUUAUCUUGAUGGGAAUUUGUUUUCUCCUGAUGUAUAUUCUUGCUCUGCAAGCACUCACACUAUGGAUAUGGAUAUGUAUGUUCUUGAUGAUUUUCUUGAUUUUUCGUGAGCAUGGCUUAUUAGUGUUGUUUCUCUGUUAUGAAAUCGAAGCCAAUGUGUUUUGUAAUUUGGAAGCUGGAGAAGCUCUUGAUGGGGUUACUAGUUUGAUGUCUGUAGUGUGGGAAGUUUAUGUACAGAGACUUGUUUUUGUUAGGCCUUAGCUUUUUUUCCAGUUUCAUGUUGUGGAGUAAUCUCCUCUCCUGUGUUUGCUUGGCUGGAUUGUAAUGGAUAAGUGUUGUAAGAAUUAUCCAGUGAGCCUAUCAUCAUUUUACAUCACUCUUUCUUGUUAAAUGUGAUUAUGACUUUGAGUAAUUGUGUUUAUCGAUUCCCCAGCCUUUUUCAUAGUUAAAUAGUUACAUCUAAUGGGC